UAAGCAAAACUGGAGGACUGGAGUGAGUAGUAUUUCCUGACUCGCCUAGAGCUGCCUAUCAAUUCAAUAGAAUCAUUUUCACUGUCAUUGCUGCGCUACUCUAGAGCAGCAUUUGGAUAUUUAGGGGGUAAUCACAGUUGACUGAUUGAGAUGGCUGAUACUUCGAGUGCAGCUACGGGGGAGAGUGAUGGGACUCCCCAGGUAGAGAAGGGCUGGGGGGCUCUCAAAAAACAUGUUAUUGAUAAUAAAGUUAAUGUUGCAUUGUGGGCAACGAGAAUCUUCACCAUUCUGUUCACAAUAGGAUAUCUAAUUCCAGUAUUUGGCAAUCCAUACAAUGCUUAUUACAAAGCAUUGAUGAGCAGUGCUGCAACCAGUGCACUACGUCUUCAUCAAAGGGUGCCAGGGGUGCAGCUCAAUACUCGAUUUCUCGAGCUCCUUCUUGUGGAGGAUUCCUGUCACUACCUACUAUACUCAUUGAUAUUCCUCUAUGUAGCACCUGUGACUUUGGUGCUAGUACCAGUAUUUCUCUUCGCUGUUAUGCAUUGCGCGAGCUAUUCUCUAACAUUGCUAGACACUCUGGGUCAGAAUAGCGUUUGGCAAGCUAGGCUCCUCAUAUCUCUCGUUGAAUUCCAGUCACGCACUAUUUUACGUCUCUGUGCAUUGUGCGAAAUCAUUAUUUUACCGCUUACUAUCAUCCUCGUUUUCAGUGGUCGUGCAGGGCUAUUAACGCCGUUCAUCUACUACCAAUUCUUAUGGAUGCGCCUGUCAUCGAUGAGAAAUCCAUCCACCCGCAAUAUAUUCCGGGAGAUAAGGAACGCAUUGUCCUCAGCAGCAGUUUCACCAUCCAUGCCACGAAUCCUGAAGUCUUUGAUAAAUGCCCUACUACGUGUAACCCAGCACAUGGUGCCAGUACAAGCUCCACAACAGUAACUGUGUCACUGUAGAAAUCUAAUAACGAAUUUAUAAUUGAGAGCAUGAAACAUUGGAUCAACAUCACAGCUCUCAAUCACAGAUGAAUUGGGGAUUAACAGAGACUCAUCUGUCGAAUUUCUCACGAACGAAUGAUUAUGUCACAACAUUUUUAUAAAUUUCGGGGUUUGAAUGGAUAAUUAGAUUUCGUAAGGGACUACUAAUUUAAUUCGAGUUGAUUUCACUUGUGAAUACGAUAAACCAGUGGAGACGUAAUUUUGCAUCAACAAGAUUAUUUAUCCCAUUCAAUAAUUUCUUCAAUUGUUGGGGAAAGAAAAAAAAAGAAAUACUUGCGAAAUCUUGUCGAUACCGAUUGAUUUCUCAUUCACAAUAUUAACUGUCAUAUCAAUCUUCACCUGUGACACUGAAUUACAUGUUUCUCGUUUGCGUGAUGAUGUACAUACUGGAAGUACAAAGUUCUUUGGAAUAAGGUUCUUCUUUUCUCUCAUUUUAUCAUUUUCUUAUUUUAAUAACUGUCAAAUGAUGUUUUUCUUCGGUCAGUCUUGACUAUUUGACAUUCAUUUAUCUGGAGAAUUUAUUCUAGGUGCCUAAAUGGAUGAGCACUAUUACGUACUCAUUUCGUACAGUUUGUUUGUGGGUAAUGUAAAAUUUAUUGUGAGAACACUGAAUACUUUAUGUUAUGGUCUGUGGAUGUUUCAAUAAUAAAAUAUGGAAAUUGUUUAUUAUACAUGUUUGUA